AUGAAUUAUAAUAAAGCUCUUGAUAAUGGAUCUGGUGGACCUGAUGAAAUAUCAGAUUAACAAAUAAAGGGUUUGAUAUAGAAAUUUCAAAGAAAGGGAUUUGAAGGAUUGGCUUUGGAAGAAGUUGCUACAGCACUGAUUAUUCCAAAUUUUGGAAAAGUAUUUCAGUAGCACACAGGAUUAGAUUGGUAAGGUAAAUUUGAAGUGAAAGCUUUUGAAAGAUUGAAUAGAUCAAAAUUUGAUAUAAAUUGGAUGGCAAGGAAAGACAAUUCAGAACAUUCAGCCUUAUUUAUCAAUUGUUCGCGCGGUGAUCUUGUAAAGGUGAGAUAGUACUUGAAAGAGUCAAAGGAUCCUCAAAUCAAGUAGAGUGUAGACUAAACGAAAAAAAGCCCUUUGCAUGUAGCUACAAUAGAGGGACAUUUAAGCAUAGUGGAAAUACUAUUGAUGAGUGGUUUCAAUCCUAAUUGUAGAGAUAGGACUCUGAAGACACCUUUACAUUAUGGAUGUUUACAUGGACAUGAAACAAUAGUUGAUACAUUGUUGAAAGCAGGAGCAGAUAUAACAGCAAGAGAUUCAUUAGGUCGUUCAUGUAUUCAUUUUGCUGCUUCUUGUCCAAGUGCAUAAACAUUAUAAUUGGUAUUAGCAACUAAGCCAGAGUUAUCAAAUGAUGUUGAUUAGAGGAAAAGAACUCCAUUGCAUUAUUGUGUUUGGAAUUCUUCUUAACACUAAGUGAGUUUAUUAAGGACACUCUUAGAUUUUAAAGCUAAUCCUAUGGCUUUAGAUGAGGAUUUGAAAACUCCUAUUCAUCAUGCUUCAGAAGGUGGAAAAACAAGAGCUAUUCCAGUAUUAUUAUAGAGAGGUGGAUAGGAAAGUAUGUAAUUGAGAGAUAGAAGUUAAAAGACUCCAUUGGAAUUGGCUGCAAAUGAUCGUACUAGAGAAGUAUUAAUUGUUUAUAGUUCUUCACCUAUGAAUAAUUAGGAUUAAGAUUUAAAAUACUUAGAUUAGGCUGUUUAAGGAUAGAAAUUAACAAAUUAAAAGAAAGAAUAAGGACCAUAAUCAUCUAUAGUAAUUGCAAAUAAAUAGCCAUAAUAAUCUCCUUAAUUUCCUAUUGUUGAGAAAGAAAUAGUAUCUGCUGAAGCACCUCCUUUAUAAGUGAAAUGGACUCCUGCAUCAAUAAAUUAAUGGAUAAGGGAAAAGUUUUUUACAAUAAUGAAAAAAGUAUAGGAAUCAGGUAUUCGUGCUAAUCAUCAUCUAAAACGUCCAUAUGUUUAUACAGGAUCUUGGAUGGAAGGAAUUAAUACUAUGGAAGAAUUGUAUGGAGCUAUUAAGGAUGUUCCUCCAGGGGAAGCAUGUGUAAGAGCUUUUAAUAUUUUGUGUCCAUUUGAUAGAUAAUUACCAUCAGGUAGUGGUAAUGAAGAUGUUAUUGAUGGAUUUUAUGGAGAAAUGUGGUUUGAUGGAAGUGGAGCAGUUAAGAGAACAGAAUAAAUUGAAGAGAUGAGAAGAAAGAUGCAAUAAGAAUAUUUAGCUAGAAUUACUGAUUUAGAAACUGAGAUUUAAAUAAAAGCAAAACAUUUAUUUGAAACUGAUUAAGAUUUAGCAUAAACAAGAGCUUAAUUGGAAGUAACUUAGAGAUAGAAUAAAACUAAUAGUGAGAAAUUGUAAGCAUAAAUAGAUACUCUUAAUAAGUAAUUAAAAAAUAAAGAUGAAACUAUAAGUAAGUUAGAUAAAGAUAAGUAACAACUAAAUUAAACAAUUAAGAGAUUAGAAUAAGAAAAUGAAGAAUUAAGAAAUUAACCUUAAGGUAUAUCAGAAGAAGAAGUAUAAGAAUAUAUGACAUAAAUAUCAGAAUUAAAAGAAUAAUUAUAAACUAGCAAAGAUUAAGAGAAAACUCUUAGAGCAAAGGCAGGUUAAUUAUUUUUGAAGAGCAUUUAAACCAUUAAGGCAUCUAAUGAAGAGAAAUUAUCUUAAGUGAAGGCUUAGACUUUAGCUUAAAUAUAAUAAGAGAAAGAAAAAAUGUAAUAAGAGAGAUUAAAUGCAAAUAAACAAUUUGAAUUUGAAAAAAAUUAAUUAUUAGAAGAAAAGAAUAUGUUAAUUAAAGAGAAAUAGAAAAUUUAAGCUGAAGUAUUACCUACAAAUGCUGCUGGUGGUAUGGAUAAUUUAUAAGAUGAUGAUGCAAUUAUUGUAUUAUUGAAAGCAUUGAAAGGUAAUCCACCACCUAUGAAGUAAAGAAUGAAAACAUUUGAUGGUGAUUUAGAUGGAUCAUUAACUUAAGAUGAAUUUAGAUAAUUUUUAGCAUCCUUAAAAUUAAGUUAAUAAGAUAUUCAUUCUUUAUGUAGAAUUGGAGGUUUUUUGGGAUAGAAAAAAUUAAUAGGAAUUGAAGAAUGGGCUUAAAUAUUAUAAGAUAGACCAAAAUAAAGGGAAUAAUUUGAAUAAGCAUUAUUUUGUAAAUUAUUGGAUGCCAUUAAAGCUAGAAAUUUAACUGUUGAAAAAAUGUUUGAAUUAAUAGAUACUGAUGGAUCAGGAUCUUUGAAUCCUGCAGAACUUAAAUAAGGACUUAAAUCUUUGAAAAUUAUAUUAAAUUAGAAAGAUUUAAAUAAUAUGUUUGCUAUAUUUGACUCAGAUAAGAGUGGAUCAGUUUCAUUGGAAGAAAUGAGAGAAACACUUAAUAAUUAUUAGAAGAUGAGAGAGGAAUAAGGUGAGGGAGAAAUAAUUGUUGAUGAAUAAGAUAGAAUUCAAGUUUAGGAUGAAGAUAAUCCUUAUGAAGAAAUUGAAGCAACAGAAUCUGAAUUAAAAUAAGAAAUUAAAGAGUGGAAUAUUGACAUUAAAGAUUUUACAAAGAUUACAGGAUUUUUAAAGGUUUAAUUAAUUAAUGGAUCUUAAAUCAAUUCAAAAUCAUUAUGUUGUCAUAUAAUUUUAAAGGGAGGAAAUGUUAUGGAAAAAUCAGUUAUUCUUUUUAAUCAAAGUGAAUUCAAGUAGGCUUUCAUCUUUCCUAUUGGGUAAGCUUUGAAAGAGAAUUUAUGUGAAUAUGUUUGGAUUAGAUUAUAUAAAAAUGCUGUUGAGGAAGAGAAUUUCGUAGGAGAUGUUAAGAUUAUGUGGAAAUAGACUAUUGAUAAACCAAAUUAAUGGAUAAUAAAUAAUAAAUUCAUACUUCAAAAUACUACUUAUAUUAAAGAGUAAAGCAAAAUGUAUAAGCCAUAAGGAUUUAUUAAUAUAGCAAUGAAAUUUAUUCCUGGUUAAGAGAUGGAAAUUAAGAGACCAAUAAUUGGAAAUAAAAUAACAGCUACUAUAGUAGAAGAUGGUGUUUUAGAAGUGAUACCAAUUUAAUGUAUUUUAAAGUAGGAUUUGAAAUAAUUGAAGGAACCAAAAUUCUUUAUGCAUUUAAGAUUUAUGUCUAUUGAUAAGAAGAUAUAGGCUUAAUUAACAGCAUCAAAUGAUCUAUAUUGGGAAGGUAAGUAUUUGUAAGAUUUGAAAUGCAUAACAAAUGAACCUAUUGAUUCAGUUUAUGUAAAAGUUUAUGUAGAGACUCCUAAAAAUCUAUUAUAAACAAAUACUUAAAUAAUUGGUGAGUUUUAUAUAGAUUGGAGUGAAUGUUUAUUAAAUCCAGGAGAAUUCUUAUCAGAAAAAAGUUAUUCAUUAUAAGAAAAUACAAAAGUUUAUUUAAAGAUUAGAUAUGUUCCAUAAUCAAUGUUUUAAUAGAUAAUAGGAUUCAGAGAUGGUGUAUCUAAAGAAGAGAAGAAGAAAUAAUUGACUUUAGAUGAUAUGAUAGAAGGAACUCUUAAAAUUUUGUUUGUAAGAGGUAAGAAUUUGAGAGCAGAUGAUGGUGAUACUUCUGAUCCAUAUUGUAUUGCUAAAAUAAAAUCAUUUGAUAAGGAGAUAAAAAUAUAAUCAAAGACUAUUAAAUGUAGUUUGAAUCCAGAAUGGAGAGAUUUAUAAUAGAUAAAAGUAUUGAUGCCAAAGGAGGCACCAUAUCCUCCUCUUGAAUUUCAAUUAUUUGAUGAAGAUGUUCUUGGUGAUGAUGAAUUAGGAAUGUGUAAAAUAGAUUUGGCUCCAUGUAUAGAAUAACCAUGUAAAUGGUCUAUCAAUGAUUAUUUUGAUAUUAUUGAUACCAAAGCUAAAUAACCAGCUUAAAUAUAUAUUUAAUGUUAUUGGGUUCCAAAAGGUAUGAAGGAUCCAAAUUUAAAAGCAAAAGAUAAAUUUGAUUCAAGUGGUUGUGCUGAUCCUGAUCCAAAUUUUAUAGAUGGAGAAUUAGUCAUUAAAGUUGUACAUGCUAGAGAAUUGAAAGCAGAUUCACCAGAUCCAUAUGUUAUUGUUAAUUUCCCAGGAGGUAAAGAAUUAAAAACAGAAACAAUAUCUUCUUCUAUAAAUCCUAUUUUCAAUUAAAUUUUGAGGAAUUAAUUCAAAGUAAAAAAGGAAACUGGAAAGACUCCUUUAAAAGUAUUAGUAAAAGAUUCAAAUAUAUUGAGUGAUGAUUUAAUUGGAUAUGUGGAUAUGUAAUGGGAAGAAUGUGUGUCUCAUCCAGGAGAAUGGGCAAUUAAUUAAGUUUACAAUUUAAGUGCAGCAGCAAAUAGUAAAAAUUUUGGAUCUAUUGGUUUUUUAUAUAUGCAGGCUAAAUUUAUUGAAAGAGGAAUGAUUGAUGAUUAAGCAGAAGCUCCAUUAACUGAAAAUUUAUUUGAAAUAAUUAAUUCUAAAUAAGGAUUAUAUUCAGGCUAAUUAAGAAUAUUCUUAGUACAUGCAAGAGGAUUGGUUGUAGCUGAUAGCAAAGCAAGUGAUCCAUAUGUAGUAUUCAAAGUACCAGGUGGUAAGAAAGUAGAAACACUGUCUAAACCUGAUACAAUUAAUCCAUCUUGGAAAACAAUAUUUAAUAUUAAUGUAUCAAUGCCUAAAGAUACUAUUUAACCACUUAGAGUAGAAGUGUUUGAUGAUGAUUUAGUAAAUGAUGAAUUGAUGGGAUAUUGUACUAUUGAUUUGUUAGAUACAUUUAAUAAUCCAUAAGUGUGGAAAUUUAAUGAAGUUAUAGAUUUAUAAGGAGAUUAAAAGAUGUAAAAGAAAUAUAAGACUAAAGAAUUUGGAAAGAUUUAUUUAUAAAUUAUGUAUUGUUUAUAAGGUAUUUAAAAUAAUGAUCCUCCAUUACCAUUAACAGAAGAUUUAGAUUUCAUUUUAAGAGAAUAAUAAUAAGAAAAUAAAAGGCCAAUGAAAGGGAAAUUAUAUAUUAAUAUUCCUGUUGCUUUAGGAUUAAAACCAGAUGAUGGAGUCACUGCAGAUCCUUAUUGCAAAUUGACAUUCCCAGAUAAUCAUAAUGUUAAGAGUAAAUAAAUUGAUAAGACUAUUAAUCCUAUAUUCAAUUUUUAAUAUUAAUGGAAUUGUAAUCUAAUCAAAGAACAAUAUAAACCUAUUUUAUUAUAAAUCUAUGAUUCAGAUGCUAUGAGUGAUGAUUUAUUAGGAGAAGUAGAACUUGAAUGGAUGGAAUGUUUCAAUAACCCUACUUAAUGGAUGAUUAAUAAAUAAUAUCAAUUGACAGAGGGUAAAGUUUAUGUCUAAUGUAAAUUUCUACUUCCAGGUUAAGAAACAACUCCAGAAGGUAUAAGAGCAUGUGAUACUGUUUAAGAAUUGAAACAUGAUUAUGGUAGAGUACUUGGAAAAGUAGAUGUGAAGAUUAUAUCUGCAUCAUAACUCUAUAAUUCAGAUAUGACUGGUAAAAGUGAUCCUUUUGUGGAAUGUGGAUUAAGUAGUGAAACAAAGAAAAUGUAGACUCCAAUUAAAGAGAAUACAUUAGAUCCAAUAUGGGAUUUUCAAGGGAGUCUAGUAAUAGAGUUGUUGAGAUGUUAAGUUUAAAUGAAUACUAUUAAUUUCAUUAUAUAUGAUGAUGAUGAAAUUGGUAAAGAUUUUCUUGGGUAAUGUGAAGUUGAUUUGAUUGAUAUAUUAGAAAAGAAUCCAGGAUCAGUUAUGUUACAAGAUCUACCAUUAAAAGAUCCAAGUAAGAAAGGAAAUCCUAAUUUGGGAUCAUUAAAAGUAUAGUUUGUUUGGAUUCCAGAUCCUUAUAAUGAAGGUGUUGUAGGAUUAAGAAUACCACCUAAAAUGUAUGAAGGAGAUUUAUGUAUACGAUUCCCAAAUGCUAGAUAAUUACCAAAGGGAGAUCCCUAUGUUACUUUUAUUUUAACUGAAGAUAUGGAGAAGAAUUACAAAUGUAAACAUAUUGAGAGUAAUUAAAAUCCAGAUUGGAAUUAUGAAGAGAUUAUUAAGAUUUCAAUAAGUGAAAGAUAAAUUCUGACUUAAAGAAUAAAGGCAAUUGUUAAAAAUUACAAUUCUGCAUGGAGUGAUACAGUAUUUGGUGGUAUAACUGUAUUAUUAACUGAUUUAUUCAGAAAACCAGGUAUGUGGAUUAAUUAAUAUUAUUAACUUUAUGAUGGAGAUGGUAAAUUAAUUGAGUCUUAUGUUUAUUUCUAAGCUUAAUUCAGAACAGAGGAAGUAUUAGAUAAAAAUCCACCAGCACUUACUGAUUUUACAUAAUUUAUUAAUUAAGGUAAGCCUCCUACUUUUAAUGGUAAAUUGAAAUUUACUUAUAUUGGUUUGAAAAAUUUAGAAAACAAAGAUAUUACUGGAUUAAGUGAUCCUUUUGUAGAAAUAAAGAUUUCAAAAGGAUCAACUACAGCAUUUAAGACUACAACUUAAGAUGAUAAAUUAGAUUGUUUUUGGAUAGAUUGUGGAGAGUAUUUAUUUAAAGAAGUUACUUAAGAAGAUCUAUCUUUAUUAAGACUUUAUAUUAAUGUUUUUGAUUAUGAUUACAAUUCUAAUGAUGUUCUUGGAAAAUGUGAACUAGAUAUCAGUAAAUUAAAAUCAGGUUAAUGGGUAAAUUAUCGAAUUCCACUUUUGAAUGAAAAAGAUUUUCCAUAAAAAAGUGAAAUAUAUCUACAAGCUCUAUUCACUAUUGAUGGAGAUGGAUCUGCUAUCUAAUAAUAACCUAAGAAUUUAUAUGAAGAUAUAGCUAGAUAAUAAUAAGAAGAACAAGAGAGAUUAAAAAAGGAGAAGGAAGCAUAAGCAGCCAUACCCAAAAUGCCUGGAGUUUUAAGAGUUUUUGCUCCAUAUGCUAAGUAAUUAUUAAAGGUGGACAUAAUGGGAAAUAGUGAUCCAUAUGUUGAAUUCAAAAUUUCUAAAGGAAGUAAACAAAUUAUUAAAAGUAAAACUAUUGAUGAUGAUCCUAAUCCUGCUUGGAACUUUAGUGGAGAGUUUAAUUUAGAUAUGUAAUCACAAGAAUACAAUGAUAUUGCUAUUAUGUGUACUGUCUAUGAUUAUGAUACUAUUGUUUCAAGUGACUUUCUUGGUUUCAUAGAACUAUAAUUAAAUGAUAUUUUUGCAAAACCAGGAACUUGGAUUAAUGGUUUAUUCCAACUAAAAGAUGAACAUGGAAACACUGGUAAGAAUGGAUUAAUUUACUUAUAACUUUAAUGGGUACCAAAUUCCAUUAAAAACAAUGUCUCUUUAGCCUAACCAAAUUAAAUUUAAUAAUAAGUUGCUCAGCCUUAACCAGAAACAUAAAUUUAAAAAUCUUAAUAAGGAAUUCUACAUGUCAAUAUUAUUAAAAUAGUAGGUUAUGAUAAAAAAUCAUAAAUUAAAGUUUCUUAAGGUCAAAAAUCAUUCAAUAGUAAUCUAGUAUAGGCAGAUGUUAAUUAUAAUUUAAAAUGUUAAUUUGAGAAUCCAGAACCUUAAAUCACAGUCAAUUUGAUAGAUGAAAAAUAACAAUAAAUAGCUGAUACUGUUAUUGAUCUAUAGAGUAUUUUAUAAUAACCUGGAACUUGGAUUAAUUCUUUUUAUGGAUUCCAACAUAGUAAUCUUCAACCAAACUUAUAAUAAUUCUAUCUUCAAACUCAAUUUAGAUUGAAUGAUUAAAAUGUUUAAGAUCCUCCCCUUCUUCCAGAUCCAGAAAUCAAAAUUCCUAUUAGUUAAUCUUAAAUAAUUCAAUCCUUAAAAGGCAAAUUAAAAGUAGCUGUUAUUAAGGCAGAAAAAAUUAAGUUGAUGGAUAGUAAUAAGACCUCAAAUGUAAAAGUUACUGUGAUAUUUAAUGGAGAAGAAAAAUCAACUACUGCUGUGAAAGGGGCUGCUCCUGAAUGGAAAAAGAUAUUAGAUCCAUUUAAACUUGAUACUCUGAAACCUUUAUAAAUCAAUUUAUUCCAUGAUCCAGGUGUUUUUAGUCGUUGUGUACCAAUAGGAGAAGUGACUAUAUAAGACAUAUCUGCAAUUUUCACAGCUCCAAAUACAUGGGCAAUAAAAAAUGAUUUUGUUUUAGGAGGAAAUGGAAAUGGAAUAAUAACUCUUUAUAUUGGAUUCAUAGGUGAGAAAGAUAAGGAUGCUUUAACAAAGAUAUGA